AUGAUCACAGAAGAGAAUCGCUUACUGAAAGCUGGCCUUCGCACCAUGUUUCACAAGCUCCCAUGGAAGAGUGACCUUGAGCGCGAGCAAAUGUCUAAAUUUGCGGAUGGCAUGACUUCGAAUGACAUGCUCCGUUAUCUGGGCAUUCUGGACUCUGCGAAUGAAGCGCUUCCUCCUAUUUGCAGUGAAUCAGUCCCCGUCGACAACAACAGCAACGUCUUUCUGACCAGGGCUGAAGGACAAGGGAGACAGAGUUCACAGCAACGAGAUUUUCAGACGACCAGCUUUUCGGGCACGCCAUAUUCGAACGAUGGCUCACAGUGUCUUGCCCUGACCAGUGAUGAGGUGGAUGAGCCACUUUUCGAUCUUUACCGCCAGAUAAUUUUCGAUGCAGAAUCCGGAGUGCAGCAAGGGUCAGAUUGGGACUAUUAUUUUGCUCCACUUUCUUAA